UAUGAUUGAUGCUUUAGCCACACCACCACCGCCAAGUAAAUCAGUCGGAAACACCCCCAACUUGGUUGCUUCUAUGGCUGCCAUGGAUCUUGGUCCUCCGAUUCAGCAUGCCUAUCCGUCGUACCCAACACCACCAGUGUACUAUUCUCCUGCAAUACCACAAGUAUACGGUUUAAGCUAUAACACAGCAUACCCCACUUCUAGUGCUCAGUAUUAUGCCCCUCCCAUGCAUGCUUAUGCUACAUACUCUCACCUACAGCAGCCGCCGCCGCCUCCUGGUUGGAUCAAGCGCUGUGAUGACGACCAUGAAUAUGAAGGUGGAUGCUCUGUUAUGUGAAGUCAUGAACAACCAAGUGGCGGAUAUGAGUGCUGAGGGGUACUGUGGGGGGGGGUGUUUAAGUUUCAUAAUAUCCGCUGGGGAAAAAAACGAAAGAAAAGAGAUUUGUUAAUGUAAAAAGUUGGGAACAAAAAUGAGCAGGGGUAGCUGAUGGAGGCAAGUAUGGAGGAUCUUUAGUGUCUUGUCCUUUUAUUAAAAAAAAAAAAAAAAAAAAAGUAGUGCAUCUCUUUGGGGUUUUGCUUAAGAAAGGCCAAUAGCUCCCUACUGAUCUGCUACGGGCGGUGUAGGACCUUAAAUCUACCUUUUCCUUUCAGCCUUAUCUAAAAAGUAGAUUCCUUGCACCAAAGUUUAUGCCUUUUCUUUUCCUCUGUCGUGCCAUUUUAAUUAGCAUUUCAUGCAUGCUAGUAGCCAAUCGGUGUGAGGUUUUUAAUUUAAGGUUUAUUACAUGAGAUUAGAUAAACUCGUGAAAGUGGGAUUAGAGAAUAUUAUAAGAAGGGACUAUAUUUUCCAAUACUACAUAUAUGAGUUUGUCUAAUAUUAUGUAACAAGCAGUUUAUUGUGUUAAACACUUUUUUAAUA